AGUCUGCUGGGAAGUGUAGUUCCGAGUGUGCCGAGGUUGGACCUUACGGGCAACCCUGCGCUACAAGUCGAGACUGUAGAGCUACGUGCGUCCCUCAACUUUUGAGACUUGGUGAAGGGUAGAGGUUUUUCAGAAUGGGAACCAGGAAGGAAUGGGUUCAGUCCUCUGCUGCGGACUCGUCGAGGUCUCCAGUGUCCCAUAUCUGGAUACCCCUAAACUGGAUUGCUUCCUGUCCGGGAUUGAGGCUGGUCCCCGCACCCUAGCUGCAGCCCCACCUCUGCCCCUACUGCCCCCUACCCUGGGUACUGAGCCAGCCCCACCAGCUGCAGAAGCCCUUCAUUCCCUCCCUGGGGUCAGCCUGAGCCUGGAGAACCAGGAGCUGUGGAAGGAGUUCAACGCUGUGGGGACAGAGAUGAUCAUCACCAAAGCCGGCAGGCGCAUGUUUCCUGCUUGCCGAGUGUCAGUCACUGGCCUGGACCCUGAGGCCCGCUACCUGUUUCUUCUGGAUGUGGUUCCAGUGGAUGGGGCUCGCUACCGCUGGCAGGGCCGGCGCUGGGAGCCCAGCGGCAAGGCAGAGCCCCGCCUGCCUGAUCGUGUCUAUAUUCACCCUGAUUCUCCUGCCACUGGUGCCCACUGGAUGCGGCAGCCUGUGUCCUUCCAUCGUGUCAAGCUCACCAAUAGCACAUUGGACCCCCAUGGCCACCUGAUCUUGCACUCCAUGCACAAGUAUCAGCCCCGCAUACACCUUGUGCGGGCCGCCCAGCUUUGCAGCCAGCACUGGGGGGGCGUGGCCUCUUUUCGCUUCCCUGAGACCACGUUCAUCUCUGUGACAGCCUACCAGAACCCACGGAUCACACAACUCAAGAUUGCAGCCAAUCCCUUUGCCAAAGGCUUCCGAGAGAAUGGCAGAAACUGCAAGAGGGAGCGGGAUGCCCGUGUGAAGAGGAAACUUCGAGGCCCAGAGCCAGUAGCCACAGAGGCCUAUGGGAGUGGAGAUACACCAGGGGGUCCCUGUGACUCCACCCUGGGUGGGGACGUGCAUGAGUCAGAUCCAGAGCAGUCCUCAGCUCCCCAGGAAGCUGUUCCUGCCCCAGCUCCUCCAUGUGGUGGCCCCAGUGCUGAGGCCUAUCUCCUGCACCCCGCAGCUUUCCAUGGAGCUCCCAAUCACCUACCAACCAGGAACCCUACCUUCCCUGAGGCUCCAGACUCUGGGCGCCCAGCCCCCUACUCAGCUGCAUUUUUGGAGCUGCAGCCUGGGCCUGGGGGCUCAGGGUACCCAGCAGCUCCACCCGGAGCAUCCUUUGCUCCACACUUCCUUCAAGGGGGCCCCUUCCCCUUGCCAUACCCAGGCCCUGGGGGAUACCUGGAUGUGGGUUCCAAACCAAUGUACUGAGCCGUCACAGGGCCCCUUUGCCUCAUCUUCCAUCACAAUCUCCAGUUCCCUUCCCCCAGCACUGAAGCCCCCUCAUUCCACUGUCCCCAUCCCCCACACCAAAUGGCUGCCUUGGGCCUGUCCCCCACCCCACUUCACACCUUGAUUUCAUUCCCACCCCCUCUGGCUUCAAAGCCCAAGCCAGGCUGCUGGGAGUCCAGCUGGGGCCAGCUUCCCCUUCCAGGCUCUCACCUCCGUGUGAAUGGAAGGAGGCCCUCUGCCUGGCCAAAUGGGGACAGCCCAGCAUCUCCACCUCCUGUGGCCCCACUUGCCACCACUGCAAGCCACACCAGUCUGUUCUCAGGACCAGAGUAUUUUUGUUAAUAAAACUCAAAAAGACA